AUGGUAAGGAAUAUCAGUUUCAGUUUCUUUGUUCUUAUCCAACCUUUUCUUCUCCCAUCAAAAUCGUCUAGAAGCCCUAAAACCACCCCCACCCCACCGAUCGAUAUUGCUCCUUCUACUAUGCCUUUAAUGGCUGCCAUGGAUUUGGUGGCACAGAUGUGUUUUCCUGCUUCCAUUCUGACCUCCACCGCCUCCUCUCACUUCAGCUGUGGUGCUUUGGAGUUCCGGUGGUUGAUUAAGUAUACGCUUCUCGCUUCUUCUUCUAGCUACCACUCCCCAAUGGCUCCGGCGACGGCACACCCUUUCUCCAUCAGUUGUGGUGCUUUGCAGUUCCGGUGGGUGAUUAACUAUACGCUUCUCGCUUCUUCUUCUAGCUACCACUCCCCAAUGGCUCCGGCGACGACACACCCUUUCUCCAUCAGGGCUUCUGCUUCUUCAUCCAUGGAUUUUUGGUUCUCUAACUUGAUUAGGCUUACUGCAGUCGUUGAUGAUGCCAGAGCUAGAAAAUCCAGCAAGAUUUCGAGAUAA